AUGUUCAAAUCUGAUACUGGAAUUUCUUGUUGUGUAUUUCCACCUGUCCACCUAGGCCGAAUCAUUGCCCGUGCUGCCCUUACCUCGGUCCUCACUACUCAACGUGCUCCACCCAUUUCCAUGUCCCAAAUGCUUGUCAACCAGUUGGCCACCGAAAGACCUCAUUCUGUUCAAGUUAUCUGUCAAACGUCAAAUAUCCAAUUUCGUAAAGAUUUUUGUGAUACCAUCAAUGUCGUUGCAGGAACCAUUAUUUAUACCAUUGAAAUAGCCAACAAGAGUAUUCACCAAUCAACACAAUCUAUUAAAACAACUAUUAAAAGUCAUUUUAAUAAUAACAACAAUAAUAAUACAAACCCAUUCAUUAAUAAUAAUAAUAAUAAUAAUAAUAAUAAUAAUAAUAAUAAUAAUAAUAAUAAUAAUAAUAAUAAUAUUAACGGUGUUAACGGUGUUAAUCGUCGUAGAUAA